GCGCACCGCGGCUCGUUGGUCUAGGGGUAUGAUUCUCGCUUAGGGUGCGAGAGGUCCCGGGUUCAAAUCCCGGACGAGCCCUUCGUUUUUGGGCGCCCAGCGGCCCCCUGCCGCCCGGCUGGUCGCCCCAGCAGCGCUGGUCACCGCAAGGGACAGCGUGAGCCCCGUGGGGAAGGGACGCUGCGUGCCUCCACACUGGCCAGCACCCGGCUAAGGAGAGGGAGAUGUCGGCAGGCAGCUCCUUGCUGCCUGCCUUGGGGCGCCAGGAGGCAAUGGCAGGUCAGACGUGGCCACAGGCAAGGCCAGGCACUUGUUGGGGGAGGAUCUGAUCGAUUCAGUUAAUGAGAAACUCUGCCUUGGGAAAGAGGCAACGUGCUGGCUGCUGAGAGGGUUUCGCUCUUCAGCGGGACAGGAAAGGGCAGGAAACCCCCAGGGUGUGAAGAGCCGAGCCAGGGGCUGAGAGCUGCAAGCAGACCGUGGGACCAUGGCCAAGCUGGUGGAAUGCGUCCCCAACUUCUCAGAGGGGAAUAACAAAGAGGUGAUCGAUGCAGUGGCACAGGCCAUCUCCCGGACACUGGGAUGUGUGCUGCUGGACGUGGAUGCCGGCGCCUCCACCAACCGCACCGUCUACACCUUUGUGGGGUCCCCUGAGGCUGUGGUGGAAGGGGCAUUGAGCGCAGCCCGUGUGGCUGGGCAGCUCAUUGACAUGAGCCAACACUCGGGUGAGCACCCUCGGAUGGGGGCCUUAGAUGUCUGCCCCUUUGUGCCAGUGAGGAAUGUCAGCAUGGAGGAGUGUGUCACUUGCGCCCACAUCUUUGGGCAGCGCUUGGCAGAAGAGCUGGGUGUACCUGUUUACCUGUACGGAGCGGCAGCACGGCACGAGAGCAGGAAAGCCUUGCCCUCCAUCCGUGCCGGGGAGUAUGAGGCGCUCCCUGAGAAGCUUGCAAAACCAGAGUGGGCUCCUGAUUUUGGGCCCCCAACUUUUGUCCCCCGGUGGGGAGCCACAGUGACGGGUGCCCGGACCUUCCUUAUUGCAUACAACAUCAAUCUGCUGUGCACCAAGGAGCAGGCUCACCGCAUUGCCCUCAACAUCCGUGAGCAGGGCCGCGGCCCCAGCCAGCCCGGGCGCUUGAAGAAGGUGCAGGGCAUCGGCUGGUAUUUGGAGGAGGAGAACAUGGCCCAGGUUUCGACGAACCUGCUGGACUUUGAGACCACACCGCUCCACACCAUCUACGAGGAGAUUUGCCGAGAUGCACAGGAAUUGAAUCUCCCUGUGGUGGGGUCUCAGCUGGUAGGACUUGUUCCCAAGAAGGCCAUGCUGGAUGCAGCUGACUUUUACAUCAAGAAGGAAAAACUCUUCAUCCUGGAGGAGGAACAGAAGAUCAGGCUGGUGGUCAGUCGUCUGGGCCUGGACUCCCUGUCUCCAUUUCACCCCCGGGAGCGCAUCAUUGAGUACUUGGUGGAGGCAGGAGAGGUGGAUGGGAGGCUGGUGGCCAAGCCACUGGGUGCCUUUGUGCGAGCUGUCGGAGCGAGGUCAGCAGCACCGGGAGGAGGCUCCGUGUCUGCAGCUGUGGGAGCCCUGGGAGCAGCGCUGGGCAGCAUGGUGGGGCUGAUGAGCUACGGGAAGCGGCAGUUUGAGGACCUGGACCCCAUCAUGAGGAAGCUGGUCCCCCCUUUCCACCAGGCCAUGGAGGAACUGGUGGCAAUGGUGGAUGCUGACUCCCGUGCCUUCAGCAGCUACAUGGAAGCCAUGAAGCUGCCCAAGAACACCCUUGAGGAGCAGGAGAGGCGCACAGCUGCCAUGCAGCAGGGGCUGAAGGUGGCCAUAGGGGUGCCCUAUGGCCUGGCAGAGAAGGUGAACGGGCUCUGGCCUGCUCUGAAGGAACUGGCACGACACUGCAACCUGGCCUGCAAAUCUGACAUCCAGGUGGGAGCCAAAAUGCUGGAAGCAGCAGUGUUCGGAGCUUACUUCAAUGUCAUGAUCAACCUCAAGGACAUCACAGACGAGAAGUUCAAGCUUGUGAUGUCACAGAAGGUGUCCGGGCUGCUGGAAGAGGCGAAGCAAGGCUCGGCAGUCGUGCUGGCACUGCUGGACAAGCGGGUGGCCUGAGAAGGGCUUGGGAGUGCUCUGGGUGUUCUGGAGUGGCGAAUGCAGCUGGGAAAUACUCUUGUCCUUGCCUAGUCUCGGUUCGUAUUUGCCUGUGGAGAGGUGUGUGAAAAACACGUUCCUCUCCUGUGAAAAUUUUAAAAGUUUAAUAAAGGACAAUAGGAGACAGGGACCAUAGAGCAUAUUAUGGCCGGGUGCAUCUUGGCACUAGGCCAAGACCGCACUGUUACCUUUGGGGAUACCCCUUAAAUACCUUUUCCCUUACAUCAGCCUGUUGCAUAUUCAUAGACCCUCAUGCAUAUCCAUAAACUAGUUGACAUUUUUCAGGAACUAUUUUAUAUGGCCCCUUCUUGGGUUCACCUUUUUAGAGCAUGUGUGUCUCUUGGCUGUGGUUUUGGCUCCUUCUCCUUAUCACUUCCAGUUUGGGCCUUGGUCCAUACCUUCUUCAGAUGGUGAGUGCUGAUAGUUGGCAUAUCUGUAGCAGGUGUCCUCAUCCUGUGUUCAUUGAGUGUAUCCCAUCCAAGCAGGCAUUUUAACACAAGCAUAGCUAUUUUACUACUAUGUCUAAGCUUAAUUAACAGUAGAAAUACAAACGAUAUCUUUAAAACAAAGUUACUUUAACACCACACAUAUAGAAUCCAUUUUAAUAUUUGCAAAAAUCCAAUAUUAUAACAUCUAUAUAUAACAUCUAUAUAACAUAUCUAUAACAACUGGUCUGCUCAGGCACAUCCAGCAUCAUAUCCCCUGGCCUUUCCCUGGACAAGGGGGAUUUUUGCUGUCUGGGACUUGGACCCCAGGCUCCGAUCCCUGGGGCAAAUGUAGACGAUUGGGCUGGCAGUGCCUGGGACCACAGUGAUACUAACAGAAGGGAUGUCAGGAUCCCUGUAGCACUGCCUGCAAGGAGAUCCCUGUGCAUGAACACCUCCUGACCCUGCACAGUCCCUGUGUCUAGAAACCCCCAUGAAACACCCCAUGAAACACCCUCCUAUCCAAGAUCUGGGGCAAGACCUGGCACACAGUCCCUUUCUGCCGGGUGCCUUUCAGGCUGUGUGUGACAAUUCCAACCUGUUGAAUUGUGUAGGAAGGGGGCACUGCCAAACAUGAGGCACCAUCAGAGGUAUUAGCAGGAAGAUGGGGUGGGUUGAAAUGGGAGAAAUCCUACACCUUCCUCCUAGAUCCUCCAAGAGGAAAACCUGAAAAUCAGGGCAUCCAGCCCUGUCUCCUGUUGACCGGGUGUGUCAGCAGAUACUGUGUCCUCCACCUGCACACAGUGGCAGCACCCUGAGCAGUGUCAGGCCCCCACACCAGCUGUCCCACAGCCCCAUCUGUGGGAAGGUCACCCCUGUUCCUAGACACUGUGCCUGAGCGGGGAGCAACGAGUCAAUGUUCAUGGUGGGGUCAGCUGAUUCACUGCAUCCCUCCCUUGACGCCGGGAGCUGGGAUCACUGCCCUCCAUAGCCUGUGUUUAUUAUCCCCGUGGGACCUUUGUGCCGGCUGGGAGUGGCGUGUUGACGUUUCUUGGGUGCCCAUGGUGACAGUGCAGUGUCACCUCUCAGGUGUCACCCCUGCCUGCCGCACCCGUGCUCAAAGGGGCAGGGCCCUGCUAUUUAAAGAAUGCCCUAGAGCCUGGAGAGCCAUGCCAAGGACAGGAAUCCCGAGUGCUGCCAGCAUUGCUGCCAGCAUUGCUUCUUCUGAGAACUCUUCCACAGGUUUGCUUGGAGACCACUGAGGAUGUGUGACCCAAACAAAGGCCUGCCACAGCCGCACCUUGCCGUGUGCCCUCCCGCCCCUCCAGGAUACCCCGGUCCUGGCACAGGUUCCUGCCCUGGCAACAUGGCAGUCUGCCCCCCAUGCCCUGCUCCGCCUGGCCAGCACCCCCACGGGCACCCCCCGUUGGGGCAUCAUCCUCACGGGCACCAGGAGCACCAUAAGGAGCACCAUAAGAAGCACCAUAAGAAGCACCAUAAGAAGAAGCACUGCAAGAACCAUGAAGGCAAGCCCUCUGAUGGCUCACACAGGUCAAGCAGCAGCUCAAGCAGCAGCUCUGACUCUGACUAAAGGUCUGGCAUGUCCCACCUGCUCCGUGGUGAUCAGCAAAACAUGAGGCUAAACUCCUCGUGGGAACGCCCUGCAUGUCACUCCUCUCCCUCCCCCUUUCCCUGGAGCAGUGAUUUCACAGCCUGCUGAGUGAUUUUUUCUUGUGUGCAAGAGCUUGUAAAUAAUUUGACCUGGAAUCUUUGAGUUAAUGUACAACAUUUCCACCCUCUGUCUUCCGGGAGAGCCUGCUGAAAGUCAUCACAUGCUGUUUACCAA